AUGUCGUUGGCCAAGUCUGUCUACAACACCGUCUUCAAGCGUAACUCGGUUUACGUCGGCUCCAUCUUCUUCGGCGCCUUUGCCUUCGGUAUUGGCUUCGACCUUGCCACCACAAAAUGGUGGGAUGCGCAUAACAAGGGCAAGCAGUGGAAGGACAUCCGAGGAAAGUACCUCGAGGACUCGGAAUAA